AUGGCUGCCCCAUCCAUAUCGCCGUUUUUUACCCCACAGAUUGGGGUUCAGCGGGACUUCCAAGACGGCGAAACCCAAAUAGCCACUGUCGAUGCUCCAUGUACAGGUCUAAGUAACACAUAUCUUGCCAGUUGGCUACAAGAGGAGCAGAAAAAUCACUUGGAACUUCUUCAGGCUGCAUGGUCAAUUUCGCUUCGGUCUUAUACUGGCUCUAACGACGUCUUGUUUAGCUGCCUGAAUUUGAAAGAAAUCUGCUACUGCCAUGUUUCGCCCUCAGAUUCAGUGCGAAGUCUCUUCCAUAUACGCCGCGUGGAGCUACACGAGGGAAAUAGCACGGCUGGUCUCGGAGCCAACUCUGUUGUCUAUGUUGUUGAAGAAAAUGAAGAAAAAUCCGAUAAUGCGAGACUCGAUGACCUCCAAAAGUUCGAUCUCGCGAUCUAUUUCUCGCAAGGGACGGAGAAAAAUUGCCCUGUCAUUGGAAUUCACCACAAGCCCUCGGUCAUAACAACUCAUUUGGCUACAAUGAUUGCAGCAACAGUGGCAAAGGCCGUCGAGGAAAUCGUUAUUCACGUUGAUUCUCUGAUUGAGGCCCUUGAUAUAUGUAGUGAUGCGGACAUCAACUGCAUUUCUCAAUGGAACAGCACAUCAGACGAUGGAACACCAUUGGCGCAGUGCGUACAUCAUAUCAUCUCCCAGAGAUGUGCUGUCCAGCAGGAAUCAAUUGCGGUGUCAGCUUGGGAUGGAAAACUUACUUACGCAGAGUUGGAUAGCCUGUCCUCAGGUCUGGCAAUACAGCUUCAACGCCUUGGGGUUCGCCCAGAAACUUUCGUCCCCCUUAUUUUUGACAAAUCAAAAUGGGCAGUGAUUGCCCUGUUAAGUGUCCUGAAAGCUGGCGGCGCUUAUUUCUUUCUCAAUUCUUGCAAUCCAAUCCAAUACAACCUUGGCCUAUGCUCGUCUCUUUCUCCAGAGAUUGUGCUUUGCUCGCCAAAUCAUAGCACACUUGCCAAAUUCAUCGCUGACAAGGUCGUCGAAGUCGGAGAUGAGCCCUGUGAACUUCUGAAGUCAUUACCUGUCGAUAAAAAAACCUCACUAUUUACGAAGGAAACAUGCCCAUCAAACGCCAUGUACAUCACGUUCACUUCUGGGACUACAGGUGUGCCGAAAGGCAUAACAACGGAGCAUUCUGCAUUUUACUCAAUGGCCAUGGCCAAUGGUAAAGCGCUUCAAGUCAGUCCUGCGACGAGGAUGUUACAAUUUGCAUCGUACACGUUCGAUGUGAGCAAUCGUGAUAUGUUAAUCACACUCAUGUUUGGCGGAUGCAUCUGCAUCCCUUCUGAGGUCGAUCGUCUCAAUGACCUCUCUGGGUUCAUAAAUCGCCAAUCUGUCAACUUGGCAAGCCUGACGCCGUCUUUGGCAAGUACCUUAACUCCUGCUUUAUGCCCUAGCCUUCAAGGCUUGGUCCUAGGAGGAGAGCCUAUGAACGAUGGCCACAUUUCUGCAUGGGCCAAACAUGUGCGACUUUUCAAUGCCUAUGGGGUGAGCGAGAGUACCGGAAUAGCAGCUUUGUCUUCUGAUGUCCAAGCGGACUGUUCACCAUGUAACAUAGGCUUUGGGUCGGGAUCAACUCUAUGGGUCGUCGCGAUUGACCAACCCGACAAACUAGCACCAAUUGGCGCCCCUGGAGAAUUGGUCAUUGAGGGUCCAUCUGUCGCACGUGGCUAUUUAGGCGACAGUAGGCGAACUGCGAAACAGUUUACGUCAACGCCAAAGUGGAAGAAAAGGAUAUGUGAGCAAUUCGGCCCGAGUCAUUCGUCGAAGCGGGUCUUUCACACAGGCGAUUUGGUGCGUUACAAUCUUGACGGGUCUUUGAAUUUCCUGGGAAGGAAUGAUCAUCAAGUGAAAAUAAACGGACAGCGAAUUGAAUUGACAGCAAUUGAGCAUCACAUUGCAGCAUGUCUUCCAGUUGCGAAGUCCGGCUUUCUUCAUAUUGCCGUCGUUACUGUCAAGAAUGAGGUGAAUGGCUCCGUUAAGCUUCUCGCCUUUCUGGGCGUUGACACGUCUAGAGGAUCAGAUAGCCCGUCUCAACUGGUGUCAAAGAAGUUGAAAGACAUGGAAACCCUGAAAGCAGCCCUCAAACAACAUCUUCUACAUUGCUUGCCCACAUUCAUGGUUCCAGUGGAUUUCAUAUUUCUGCAUAGCAUGCCACUCACAACAUCAGGCAAAAUAAAUCGUCUUCUUCUGCAGGAAGCGGCUGCACAUGCGCUUCUCGAUGACCAGAAGAGGAAUAUUAAUGCAUCUGAUUCAAAUGGCAACCAAGUGGCAACCACGCCACAACAGAGAGUCCUUAUCCAAUCUUGGGCCAAGGCUCUAGGUAUUGAAGCUAUAAGCAUCACACACGAUGACUGCUUCUUUCAGCGUGGUGGAGACUCCAUUGCAGCGAUUAAACUGGCUGCCAGCCUUCGUCAGCAACAAAUUAUCAUAUCGGUGUCUGAUAUCUUCAAAUUUUCGACUUUGUCAGAAAUGGAGUCAGUGCUAGUCAAAGACCACAAGCCCUUGAAAACAGCAACGCCUGCCCCCUUUUCAUUGAUAGACAACUCCCAAACCGUUCUCGAUGCGAUUGUGAAAGAGCUUGGCACGGAUAUUGACCAGAUCGAGGAUGUAUACCCAUGCACGCACAUGCAACAAGGGCUAAUAGCCCUGACUGCUCAACACGCCAAGGCAUACAUUGGCAGCUAUACCUGGCAGUUGGCCGAAAUUCUUGAUGUGAAGAAAUUCAAGGAAGCAUGGAAGGCAGCUUGGCUUCACAAUCCAAUCCUUCGGACCAGAAUUGUGCAUUUACCAGAUGGUAUCUUCCAGGUCGUCAUGAAGACUGAUAUGCCGUGGAAUACCGUUACUGAUAUCACUGGGCGUGGAUAUGGGAGAGAACUGGGAGCCAUUGACAUCCAUAGCGGCCCUCUUAUCCAGAUGUAUCUCACUGAAGAAGCUUUCCGGCUGGAUAUUCAUCAUUCUUUGUUUGACGAAUGGUCCCUUGGCCUCAUCAUGGGACAAGUUCAGCGUGCAUACGCCGGGGGAAGACUUCAUAUGCAACCAUUCACUCCAUUCGUUCACCACCUUCUCCAUGAGCCUGAUACUGCCAAGGAGGAAUUUUGGCGUCAGGAAUUCUCUGAUCUCCAGGCGGAGCAUUUCCCAGCUAUUGCUUCCAGGCCACUCAACGUUGCACAUCCGACCGAGAAGGUAGUUCUUGAACAUGCUCUGCAGCUUACGACCGGAUUCUCCACCAAGUUUACGAUAUCGUCCAUUGUACGGCUUGCGUGGGCGAUUGUCCUGUGGCACCAAACUGGUAACGAAGACGUGGUGUUUGGAGCCACUGUGAGUGGCCGCAACGCGAACAUUGAUGGAAUCGAUCAACUGAGCGGACCGACUUUGGCGACACUACCUGUGCGCAUCAAACUUGCGACGAGCCAAAUUGUUCAGGACGGCCUAUCACAGGUUCAACGUCAAUUUGUCAACAUGAUGGUUCAUGAGCAAACUGGGUUGUCGCGCAUUCGACAAGUCGGAAGAGAGGCUGCCGAGGCAUGUAACUUCCAGAAUCUACUCGUCGUGCAACCUUAUGAGCAGCAAACCGAGUCUCUUAUGUUCAAAUCAUCAGCGAACUCAGCCUUCCCUUCUGAAAAUGCAAGAUCUUUUGCCAGCUACCCAGUGGUGUUGAUAUGCCGUCCUGAAAAGAGUGGAAUCUUAAUGAAAGCAGCAUUUGACCCUGCAAUUUUGGCACCCGCCGACGGACAUAGUAUUCUCAAACAGAUGUCGCAUGUUAUCCAGCAGCUUGCGACAUCCGGCUCAACACGCAUCGCAGAUGUUAGCCUGGUACCUCCGGAAGAUUUGGCUUUGUUGAGACGAUGGAAUCAUUUGCUCCCGAAUGGUGUGAACAGUUGCAUUCAUGACCGCAUUCAAAAAUUAUGCAAUGCCCAGCCCGAUACACUUGCGAUUCACUCCAACAAUUUGGACUUGACGUAUAGGCAGCUUGAUAAUUAUUCCAGUCAAUUCGCGCAGCAUUUGAUCGGCAUGGGUGUCAAGCAUGGUGACUUUGUACCUCUCUUCCUAGAGAGGUCGCCCUGGGUUCCAGUUAUCAUCCUUGCAGUUCUGAAGUCCGGGGCUGCUUUUGUGUUACUGGACCUUUCACAUCCCAUACAACGUUUGCGAACGAUGUGUUCUAUGAUUGAUGCCAAAAUUGUGGUUACCUUUGAGGAGCAUACCCACAUGAGUAACAACCUUCUACUUCCAGUCAUCGUCUUUGACCCCGAGGCCCAUGUACAAAAUCUAGGUGAACAGGCUACAGCGUUUGAGUCCAAGCCACUCAUUACAGUCACAAGCCCGGAUGCCCCUGCGUGCGUCGUGUUCAGCUCAGGCUCGACCGGGUUGCCUAAAGGCAUUGUGCUUCCACAUAGUGCGCUCACCACAAGCGCAGCUGUCAUGCGUGAAUAUGGAAUGCUUUCUCCUACCAGUCGCGUCUUCCAUUUUGCCUCUUUUGCGUUCGACAUAAGCAUUGGCGAGAUCCUGUUUACCCUCGCGGCAGGGGCAUGUGUCUGCGUGCCACAUGAAGAAGUGCGAAGGGGGAAUCCAGGAAAAGCAGCAGCUGAUCUCCAAGUAACCUGGGCACUUCUCACCCCCUCCGUGAUUAAUUUGUUCGACCCAUCGGAUGUGCCAACUCUUGAAGUCUUGGGGUCAGCUGGUGAACCUCUCACUCCACAAAUUGUGGAGAUGUGGGCUCACAGGGUGAAACUAUAUGGGAUGUACGCACCGGCAGAAUGUACCGUGAUCUCACACAUCGGGCGAAUCUUACCCGACACUCAUCACUCCAACAUCGGUCGAAGCCAUGGAGGAGUAUCUUGGGUAGCUGAUCCGUCUAAUCACAACCGUCUGGUCCCUAUUGGUACAGCCGGGGAGUUGAUUGUAGAAGGUCCUACGGUUUCAUCUGGGUAUCUCAACGACCCAGAGAAGACAAAUCAAUCCUUCAUUACAAGUCCGCCUUGGCUGGACGAGAUCCGUCACCACUCCGGACGGAUGUACAAAACGGGAGACCUCGUUAGACAGACUUCUGACGGCUCAAUUGAGUUUGUCGGAAGGAAGGAUGAUCAGGUAAAGCUGCACGGGCAGAGACUUGAAGUGGGAGAAGUCGAACAUUGCAUAACCUCCUCAUGCACAGCCAUCAGAACCGCUGCUGUUGAGUGUAUCAAAAUUCGGGAACAAAAUAAUCGAGUCUCGCUAGUCGCAUUUAUCUGUCCACAAGCAGAUGAAGACUGGGGGCAGUCUUUGAAUGACCAGCCAGCGGAGGCCCAUGGCUUGGAAUUGAUUGGUUCUACCAGCGAUCACUUUUACUCGAUUAUCGAAUCAUUGGAAAAGUCUCUAAGAGAGCUACUUCCGGCAUACAUGGUGCCAUCCUUCUUCAUACCGCUUACCGAUGUUCCUCUAAGCUUGUCGGGCAAAGUAAAUCGGCGUCUUCUCCGGGACCAAUCCACGAGCUGGCCGCUGAAGAGACUUCAACUAUACCAAUUGAGACGCAACACUAUCCCCGCAGAAGAAAUUCCCCUCACUGUGCAUGGCCGGGAAGUUCAACAAAUCGUUGGCCAGGCUCUCAAUCUGGAUCCGAAAUCAAUCCCCAUAAAUAGCAACUUCUUUGGCCUCGGGGGAGAUUCGAUCUCGGCUAUGCAGGUCUCCAUGCUUGCAAGACGAAGAGGAAUACGCCUGACCGUAGCGGAUAUCUUCACGCAACAAACUCUCUCAGGAAUAGCUUUGAAAUGCACUACAGAUAAUGGAGAUACCAGCAUGAUCGCUAAACGUCAGUCACUUGGUUGUGAGCUAUCUGUUUCAGCCAUGAAACGAUCACAGUUUUGCGAAAUUGCUCGUGACAAACUCCCCCGUCAUUUACCACAAGAGAUUGCCAAUGACAUUGUGGAAGCCAUGCCCGCCACUGAAUUCCAAACGAUGACACUCCACAACUUCUACAGCCGAUAUCUCUGGAUCUCACUACCUCAUGAAGUUAAUCAAGAACAUUUAUUGAAUUCAUGCGAUCAGCUUGUCCAGAAACACUCCAUUUUGCGCACUGUGUUUUACACAAACGAUGACAAGUCACUUGUACAAAUGACCUUGCGCAAGGUCCCCGUCAGCUUCGUUCAUUAUUCAAAUAUUCAACAUUUGGACAGACACUGCGCAGAUGAUUCUUUGGCCAUGGGCGUGCCUAUCAAUGGAGUGCCAGGAUUCCAGGUACAGCUCUUGACCUUGAGAGACUCAAAGAUGUAUCUCAUUCUGCGAUUACCCCAUGCACUAUUCGAUGGAGUUUCACUGGAUGUCAUUUGCAGCGAUCUUAGUGCUGCAUACAGCGGAGACCCGCUUCCACCUUGUGCUCAAUUCUCAGACCACAUUCGACAUGUCUGGGAUAAAAGGAUACCCGAAACCUACAAUGUGUGGAAAGAAGUACUGGGAGAUGCCCCAAUGACCAGCUUGAACAACAAAAUCUUGCGCAAUUGGGGCACCGCCGGCGAAAUGGAGAACCCAAAUAUGGACACAAAUUCGGAACAGCCAACAGUGGUGACGGCAAUAGCAGAGACAUUACCAAUCUCUCCCUUGCCCAAUAUCACAUUGGCAACAUUGGUCAAACUGGCAUGGGCAAUCACUCUCUCUCGGUUGUUUACCUCAACCGAAGAAGAGGAUGGACCAUCGCACGAUGUUGUUUUUGGCCAGGUCAUACAUGGUCGAGGACUUGGAAUCUCCCACGAAGACCGCAUCGUUGGCCCAUGUCUCAACAUUAUCCCUGUGCGAGUACACUUGCCUCCACGAUCGAAUAAACUUGACCUCCUUGCUCAAGUCCAGCAGCAGCACAUUCAAACCAUGUCUGUUGAGAAUCUUGAACUUGGCGAGAUUGCGCGUAACUGCACAUCAUGGAAGGCUGGAACAAAAUUCGGCAGCUUUAUCAGAUUCCAAAACUUCACCAACAAUGACGACUCGACUUGUUCUUUUGAUGGAUCUACUCGUGAAACAGGUCUCUACAGCCUUCCGAAUCGACCAUCUAAUACGGCCAAUGUGCUUGUUGUCCCUCAUGGGCCUACACUCACCAUCACCAUGACCAUUUCCAAUCAAGUAUUGGAUAGAGGAUCUGCGGAUUAUGUCGCUGGAUACUUCAGUGACGUGAUCGGAAGCCUUGCAAGUGAAGAGACAGUCUGCGAAUAUCUCGUGUAA